AUGUUUAGGGGGUUUAGUAGUACCUCCGGUGACUUUAUUUUUGGAUUUGGAGUCACCAGAGGUUAUCAUUGGUCAUCCCUAGAUGUCUCUGUGCAUGUUUUGGACAGGGAAGUUUCAGAUGCUCAUGUGUGUAUUUCGUUGGUCUCAGCCGUUAAAGGCAAUUCUGAUGCAGGACAGUCGAUUUAUAAGGAAAUGGAGCAGAACAGGAUUGGACACCAAACUCCUCCAAAGGGUCCCAAGCUUUGUGCCAACAGUUGUGGGUUCUUUGGAACUGCAGCAACAAUGAACUUAUGUUCCAAGUGCCAUAAAGAAAUCAUUUUAAAGCAAGAACAGGCCAAAAUGGCUUCAUCAUCAUAUGCUCCAUGUGUUAUGAAUGGUAGCUCCAGUGACACCAUGAGCAUUGUUGUCGUUGCUGAUGAGGUUGAUCCACAAGCUAGUUCAGGAGUGCCAUUGAUUAGCUCAGCACUGGCAUCGUCUACUGCUGCUUCAAGUACAGAUGGUCAUAGGAGUGUGAGAGAGAGGCCCAAUAGGUGUAACACUUGCAAGAAACGCAUUGGUUUAACUGGAUUCAGUUGUCGCUGUGGAAAUCUUUUCUGCGCAAUUCAUCGCUACUCAGACAGACAUAUUUGCUCCUAUGACUAUCGAACUACUGGUCAAGAUGCCAUUGCCAAGGCAAAUCCCACUGUCAAGGCUGAAAAACUUGAUAAAAUCUGA